AUGUCAGAUGAUGAACAAGAGACUGGAAUCAUAGGCGACGGUACCGUAUCACCAAUGCUCGGCUCGAGACACAGCUCCGAGGGUCCAGCCCCUCCGCCAAAACCCCCGCGCCCCAUGACCGAGGCGCAGAAGAACCAGAUCAUUCUGAAGGAAGCGUUUCCGACAGUUGACGAUGGUGUUAUCAAAGCGGUCUUGAGCGCAAGUGCAGGGCGCGUGGAGCCAGCCUUUAAUGCUCUACUUGAAAUGACCGACCCGGAUGCUGCCAAGAACGAGCCACAGGACGUUCCCCCUCAGCAGCCCCCGAGGCCGCUGCGAUCUCAGAUAGAAGAAGAUGAGCGGUACGCGCGGCAGUUGGCGGAACAAUACGAUAACGUCGGCGCCUACGAAGCUCGCACCUCCAACCGCGGGGGACCUGCACGAGCGAGAGCACAGCCUGGAUACGACGAGGAUCGGGAGCGCAACUUUAUAGAUGACGAUCUCCCCGCCAUCCGCGAAAACCUUCGACAGGGAUUCAUCGAGACCCAGACCAAGGUGAACGGUUGGAUCAGCACUUUGAAGAAGAAGAUUGAGGAGAAUUUCGACGAGAGCGAGGAUGCCGAACAUAGAGAAGGACCCCAGUACCGCCAUGGCGGGCCUGGCAGCAGGAGCACCGACUACGACGCAGAUCCGCAGGUGCUCAGCGAUGAUUUUGCCGGCAUGAAAUUCGCGCCGGAUGGCACCCCUGCCUAUGGCAACCGACCGUUGGCCAACACCGGCGUUUACAGACCGCCUCCCUCGACCUCACCGAGACCCGAGGGCCGAAGGGUGGGAUUCAAGGAUGAACCCGAAGAAAUCAAGAUGUAUGAUGCUUCACCAAAGCUCUCUCCCAAGGGCGAAGCCAAGGCAGCGCCAGCAGCCAAGGCAAGCAAGUGGCAGCCUCUUUCCAGCGUGGAACCGGACCCGAUUACCGACAACGACCCCUUCAGCCUUGGUGACAGCGAAGAUGAAAGGGAGACGAAGGAGAAGCCCAAAGAUGGCAAGUUGGACGAUACGGAACGGCUGAAGCAGGCUGCGGCUGAGGCCAUGGCAGAGAACCUGGUUGAUCAGAAGAAAGAUGGGGAAGCGAGCGGAAAGAAGAGCUAA